AAUUCUAGCUUUAACGGCAAAUGAGACACUACUAUGCUAUUCCUAGUUGACUCGGUUUUCUUUACAUACUCAAAGAGACAAAUGUAUCUCGUGCUCAUCUACCAUGUCUUUAGAAACGCCCUCCCAGAUCAGGCGUGAAGUCGAACAUCCGUUAGGCGUCGACGACGACUUUAAUAUCACUGUUACCAGCGAUCCUGAUGAUCGUAUGGGCUCGGUCCCUCCAAGAUAUAACAUCAAUCCAUUCGUACCAUUCGAAAAUGCGCCGACCACACCAAUCAUUAACAUAGUUACGCCGAGGGCCGUUCUCAUAGGAAGCCUGUGUGGAGCUUUAGUCAACGCUUCGAAUAUCUACCUUGGUCUGAAGGCAGGAUGGACUACCUCUGCUAACAUCCUCGGUGCCAUAGUUGGUUUCUCCGCUCUGAAGAAAUGGACGGCUGGCACAAAUCACCCGUUUGGGCCCCAUGAGAACAACAUCGUCCAGACCGUUGCUACAGCCUCCGGGGGCAUGUCCAAUGUCUUCAUUUCCGCAGUGCCGGCCCUCUACCAGCUCGGGCUCCUAAAAAGUCCCACAGAGGACUUCUUUCGGGUGGUCGCACUCACUGCGGUUGGCGGGUACUUCGGGCUCCUGUCAAUUGUUCCUCUGCGGAAGUUCUUCAUUGAGCAUGUGGCCUCUGAACUCAACCUCGUGUUCCCGUCUUCUAUGGCGACUGCUAUCACGAUAAGGAGCAUGCAUUCAGCAGCAAAUGGAGAGCAAGUAGCCACGCUCAAGAUGAGGACCACCAUUUAUGCUUUCAUUGCAGCAAUGACUCUUAGAGUGACAUCUCAAUGGAUGCCUGGAGUAUUCUGGAAUUGGCACAUUUUUACGUGGUUAGCCGAACUUGGUAUUGCCCCUAGCCUAUGCGUCGCAGCUGAGAGCUGGGGCUGGUCUUUAGAGUGGUCUCCCGCCAUGUUAGGUAGUGGCAUGCUGGUCGAAUUCGGGGUUGCCUGCUCGUUCUUUGGAGGGUCCGUUCUGGCAUGGGGUAUUAUUGGACCAUACCUCGUAGCUCAGGGUAUUGCAACUGGAGAGUAUAUAUCUAGCAAGCCCGGCUGGACUGGUUUUAUGUCUUAUGCGGUAAUGUCAUCUGAAUUUGCUAAUGCUGCUCAUCCAAGUCCACGAUACUGGUUGCUUUGGCCGGGAGUUGCCUGCACGCUGACAGUCGCUUUCGUCGAAUUGGCUUGUCAAUGGCGUAUUUUAUGGAAAUUCGCUGUGCUCUCCACUAUGGUAACAAUCUCUACCAUAAGACCAAUCUUUCAAGGACGACUCUUCUCUGGAUACAAUCUCGUAGAGAGCAAGGAAGAAACAGGAGCCGAGUCUUCGCCUCAAGAGAACAGGGGAGAUAUUGCCAGGUGGAUGUGGGCACCAGGGGUUGUUGUUUUAGUGGUUCUGGCGGGUGUCGUCGCACCGCUUCUGUUCGAAAUGUCAGCUCUCGAGACACUUUUAGCUCUAUUCUUGUCCUUGUGCCUCUCUUUAGUUGCUAUUCAAGCGACGGGAGCAACAGACACCACACCCCUCAACGCUAUCUCAAAAGUAUCACAACUUAUUUUGAGUGGUGCUACUCAGGCAGCAGGGGGUAGCAUCACUGACGCUCAAAGACUGAACCUUCUUGGUGCUAGUCUAACAAACAUCGGUGCAAGUCAAGGAGUUGAUUUGAUAGGAGACUUCCGUGUUGGCUUCUUGCUCGGCACGCCGCCUCGCCUUCAAUACGUUGCCCAGCUUCUGGGAACGUUCGUCGCCACCAUGGUCGCACCCUCUAUCUUUGUUUUGUUCACCAAGGCCUACCCAUGCAUCAUUGCGAAAUCUGAGGACCAAAUGACAGAUCACACAUGUCAAUUCCCCGGCCCAGCAGUAGCAUCCUGGCGAGCAGUCGCGAUUGCAGUCAGUGAGUCUACCUCACCCAUUCCAGCAUCUAGCGCCACGUUCUCGAUUGCUUUUGCGGCCAGUGCAGGGUUACUGGCUUUCCUUAAACAAGUCUUGUUCACUGGCCGACUAUCAUUCCUCAGGAAUUAUCAGCCCAACAUGAUGAUUCUGGCCUUGGCUUUUACAUUACCAACCCCUCAAACCGGCAUCACGAUGAUGGUGGGGGCGAUUAUGGCAAAGGUAUGGAAACGGAAGAGGCCCAGUGAUUUUGAGCAGCUGGGAUUUGGGGUUGCAGCUGGCCUAGUAGCUGGGGAGGGCAUAGGAGGUACAAUUAACUGCAUAUUGUCGAUCCUGGGGAUUAGUGGAGAGCAGUGGGCUUCGAAUAUUGGAUGUCCAGCCAGUAUCUGUUAGUUACUUAUUCAAAAGAGCUCAUUCAAAAUAUCGAAAAGAA